AUGAGAUCACUUGAACUCAAAAUUAAAUCUGAAACUGAUUAUCUGCAUGCUAAAGUGAAUGAGCUGGAGGAUAGGAGCAGACAGAACAACAUCGGAGUCAAGGUGAUCCCUGACUCUAUCCAGCCAAAGGAAUUGGAGGAAUAUUUAAAGGCUAAAAUGCGGUCAGUUUGCCCCAACCUGAGUGACAAAGACUUGAAAAUUGAUCGCAUACACAGACUCCUCAAGCCCAAUUCUGCUCCGCAAGAUGCUCCAAAGGAUAGAAUAGCGAGGAUCCACUUCUUCACAGUUAAAGAGGAUUUCCUGUUGGCAUUGAGAACAUCUGACCUUCCAAACGAAUACAAGCAUAUUAAAGUCUUCCAGGAUAUUUCCCCUAUAACUAUGCAACGCAGAAGAGAAUUCAGCCCAUUUACAGCUGAGUUGCACAAACUGAACAUCAGGAACCAUUGGGGGUUUCCUGUAAAAGUAUUGUUUGGUCUGGAUGGACAGCAAUAUAUCAUAACUAUACCUGAAGAAGGCAUGGAGGUUAUUCACACUUUAAGAGGCUUUGAUCCUGUAAUCCCAGCACAUAGAUCUCCAUUAACUCCUCCACUCCCCAGGAAGAUAAAACGAAGAGAAGCGUUGUCUCACCGCUGA